CUGGAUUCGAUACUUCCCUAUCUGCUACUUUGAGUCUAUGAAAAAUCUUUGCUUGUUUUUAAGGUCAAUUGUCUAUCCAGUUAGAUUUUGUUUAAUAAUAUUACUUUAAUCUCUAUUGUGUUGCCCAUUUUGGAUCAUCAUGCGUCUUUUCCGAACCCUUCUUUACAAAGUUACCGCUGAAGAUACAUCCAAGGCAACCCUUGGUAGGCUUAUGUUCAAAUUGAAUGAAUAUUGCAAGUUUGGCUUGUAUCAUGAUGAUGUCUAUCCUGAUGAGGAACACGAAGCGGUGACCCGAGAGGCUGUAAGGCGACUACCAUCAGAAAUUUAUCAUGCACGAAACUUUCGACACAUCCAAGCUAUGCAGCUUGAUAUUCAAAAGGAAUACCUUCCAGAAAAUCAAUGGACUAGCUAUGAAGAUGAUUUGAAAAAUGGAAGAUACCUUCAACCUUAUAUAAAAGAAGUGACUGCUGAACUCAAGGAGCGAGAGGAUUGGGAAAAGAAUCACAUGAAAUAAAUCAUCGUUGGUUAAAGAAAGUCAAAAUCAUAUAAAAUUUACUAGUUCAACAGCCUGUGAAUUUUUUUUCUUGUAAAGGUUAUAAUACAAUGUAAGGCUUAGUUAUGCUAUUCUGUUAGAAAUAAAUCACAAUUUGAGUUAUUGAUGUAAUUAAAUUAAAUUAAUAAUGUCUUGCUCUAUUUUA